AUUUAAUAUUUGAAAAAUUGUUGAACUAGUUGAUGAUAAAGGUUAAAGCUCAAGGCAAAUUAAAUUUUAACUAGUGGGAGGAAAGUAUUAUAGUAGAAUUUAUAGAGAAUAGAGAUAAACCCCCGCCAAAUGUUCAAUCCAGAUUCCAGAUAAUUGAGCUAACUUUCCAUCCCUUCUUCUUCCACUAACAAUGGCAACUCUCUUCCAGUUACAUGUCUCUCUCGCUAAAACCCUAAACCCCAUUUUCCCCUUCUCCCCUUCAAUUCCCUCCUCCGCCCUUUCUCCACGAAAAUCCAUCUUCAUCCCUCGCCGGAGUCUCUCCCGUCCAGUCCUGCGGUUCAGCUCCGCCGAAUUCUCCGGCAGCGUCGACGACGAUGAAGAACCGGACCAAUUUGAUUAUCCCGAAGAAGAUGACGUUGAUGUUGAUGUCUUGGCACUCGAGCAAGAAGCCAAGGACGCAGUCCUAGAGUAUUCAAGCUCUCUGGACCACGUUCUGACUAUCGAAGAUGAGAUUGAUCUCAAGGAAACAGCUCAAACCCACAAGAAGAGUAAACAGAAGAAGAAAAAAAUUAUCCCUGAUAGGCUUCUCCCAAGGGUUGCUAUUGUUGGAAGACCGAAUGUUGGCAAGUCGGCGUUAUUUAACCGUUUUGUUGGGGGAAACAAGGCAAUUGUGGUGGAUGAACCUGGAGUUACCAGAGACCGUUUAUAUGGUCGAUCAUAUUGGGGGGAGCAUGAAUUCAUGGUGGUGGACACAGGUGGGGUUCUCACUGUUUCAAAAUCACAAAGUGCUGUUAUGGAAGAGCUGGCUAUUACAACUACCAUUGGUAUGGAUGGUAUUCCACUUGUCUCUCGAGAGGCAGCUGUUGCCAGGAUGCCAUCAAUGAUUGAGAGACAAGCGACUGCAGCUAUUGAAGAAUCAUCUGUUAUUGUUUUCGUGGUUGAUGGUCAGGCAGGUCUAACGGCAGCCGAUGAGGAGAUUGCUGAUUGGCUACGUAAAUACUACUCAAAGAAGUAUAUCAUACUUGCAGUUAACAAGUGUGAAUCUCCACGGAAAAGAAUUAUGCAGGCUUCUGAAUUUUGGUCCCUUGGGUUUGAACCAAUUCCAAUAUCAGCUAUAUCAGGGACUGGAACUGGAGAGCUUCUUGACCUUGUUUGUUCAGGGCUAAAGAAAGUUGAGGAACCAAAGAAUCUUGAUGAAGAAGAUUAUGUUCCUUCAAUUUCAAUUGUUGGUAGACCAAAUGUGGGAAAAAGUAGCAUUUUGAAUGCACUUGUUGGUGAAGACAGAACAAUAGUCAGCCCCAUCAGUGGCACUACACGUGAUGCUAUCGAUACUGAAUUUACUGGAGUAGAUGGCCAGAAGUUCCGUCUUAUUGAUACUGCUGGAAUCAGGAGAAGGGCAGCCGUAGUUUCAGCUGGAAGUACAACAGAGGCUUUGUCAGUAAAUCGAGCAUUCCGUGCUAUUCGUCGCUCUGAUAUUGUUGCUCUUGUCAUUGAGGCCUUGUCUUGUAUCACUGAACAGGACUUCAAGAUAGCUGAAAGGAUAGAAAAAGAAGGGAAAGGUUGUGUCAUCGUUGUAAACAAGUGGGAUACAAUUCCAAAUAAAAAUCAGCAGACUGCAACAUACUAUGAGCAGGAUGUCAGGGAGAAGCUUCGUGGACUUGACUGGGCUCCAAUUGUUUAUUCUACUGCAAUAGCUGGGCAAAGUGUGGACAAGAUUAUUGAUGCUGCUAGUGAAGUUGAAAAGGAGAGAUCAAGAAGACUCGGUACUUCUAUACUGAAUCAAGUAGUGCGGGAAGCAUUAGCUUUUAAGCCUCCUCCCAGGACACGAGGUGGAAAAAGAGGGCGUGUUUACUAUUGUACUCAGGCUGCUAUAAGGCCGCCUACAUUUGUGUUCUUUGUCAAUGAUUCAAAACUUUUUCCUGAGACAUACCGGCGCUACAUGGAGAAGCAGCUGCGUACGGAUGCAGGUUUUUCUGGUACUCCCAUUCGGCUUCUGUGGCGCAGCAGAAGGAAAAUGGGAAGAGAUGAAGACAAAGCUGCAACACGGACGCAAGAGAAUCUUACAUCAAAUGACCGGAAAAUAGGAAAAGAUGAAGACAAAGCUGCAACAAGGAUGCAAGUGAAUCUUACAUCAAAUGACCCGAAAUUGGUUUCCACUACACCAUAGGAUCAGUCAUUUUAUCAUAGAAGAACUGGCUGUGAUUCUAUUUGUGUUGAAAAAAAUGACGGGAGUUCUUUUUUAUCAAGGAUUACUCGAUCUCCUUGAAAUUUGUGAAGGUUAGUACAAGCUCCCAGAGGACCGGAAGGGUUCUUCGAAUUUGAGUGAGAAUCUAUCAUUCACAGUGCUCGUGAUCUUUCUGUAAUUUUACUGUAAGCACCUUGUAGUUUUAGGGUUAUAACAAAUCCGCUGUCAAUAACUAGAUUGUAAAUUAUCUAUAGAAGUAGUUGUUAAAUCAAUAUUCAAAUGUAAGUUCUUGGACUAUUUAAGCUGGACAUUUUGCAGGGGUCUCUUGGCUGUUACCCUUUGGGAUGAUGCUUAAAUAUUUGCUAAGCAAUUGCAAGUAAUUUUAGUUGGUGUUUUUUUGUUUUC